ACAUAUGAGUGUACCAUGACUCAAUUUUUUGUUUUCGACGAUCAUAAGCUUAAGUUCAGUUUCGAGUUUUGCGGGGAUCAUUUUGCUACUAUAUUUCUAAAUAAAAUGCGGAUCAUAGAUGUUUUGUUAAUCGCAGUUCUUUUUCUGCUGAUGCCAAAAUCAAAUGCCGAAAUUCCCGGUUGCGACUUCUUUGACACCGUAGACAUUUCAAAAGCGCAAAGGUUCUCGAACGGAUCGUACCUCUACGAAGGCUUGCUGAUCCCCGCCCACUUGACUGCUAAGUAUGACUACAAGCUCCUGGCCGACGACUCGAAGGAGAAGGUGGCGAGCCACGUACGAGGAUGUGCCUGCCACCUUAGGCCCUGCAUCCGGUUUUGCUGCCCCCAGUACCAAAAGAUGGAUUCGGGCGUAUGCUGCGGCGACAUGACAGAGGACGAACUGAACAAGCACGAUCCCUUCGUGAACGUGACGCUCAGCGACGGGUCGGUGGCCAGGAGACACUUCAAGAACCUGAUCGUGCAGUCGGAUCUGGCCAAGCCCGGAUGUCCCGAAAUGUACUUUAUGAAUCACGAACUGCCGGGCAACGAAUUCACGCUGUUUGAGAAUGGAUCUCUUCUGCGUCACUGGGACAAUGCGGAACUGAGCAAGCGGGAGUACUGCGUCCAGCAUCUUUCAUUAAAUACUGAUAGUAUCCGAAUUGCACCCCACUUCUGUCCACUUUCGUCUGAGCACUCCAGAACGUGGAAGACCGUUGCGAUUGUGAUAUCCAUGAUAUGCAUAAUCCUAACGAUCAGCGUGUACCUCUAUGUCAAGAAGCUUCGCAACCUGCACGGAAAGUGUUUCAUUUGCUACUUGGCCUCCUUGUUCCUGGGCUAUCUCUUCCUGCUCCUCAACGUGUGGAAAUACUCCUCCGACUUCUGCGUUACAGCGGGGUUCAUGGGCUACUUCUCCGUCAUGGCCGCGUUCUUUUGGCUUUCUGUGAUUGGAAUACACUUGCGGAUUACGUUCAGUACACCCUCUAACGGUUUGAACCGAUUCCUGCCAGAUAAUCCGUUCAGUGCAUACAACAUAUAUGCCUGGGGCAUACCGCUACUCAUGACUGCAAUCACCUAUAUAGCUGACCAGGUAGUUGAUGACAAGAAUUUGAGACCCCGCGUGGGCGUCGGCAAAAAUUGUUGGAUCUACACUGGGGAUAUGACUGUCAUGAUCUACUUCUAUGGCCCGAUGCUGUUGCUAAUCGCUUUCAACAUAACAAUGUUUGUCCUUUCGGCGCUUGACAUAUAUAACGUAAAGCACAGUGUGAAUGGCUUCGCCAAAAAGCAAGAAACAAACCAACAGCUAAAUGACCAACAAUUGUUUACUAUAUUCCUGCGACUUUUUAUCAUCAUGGGCUUGUCGUGGAGCUUUGAGAUAUUAUCCUUUUUGAUGAGCAAACAGCAAGCUUGGGCUGAGGCUUUAAAGGUGGCUGACUACUUUAACUGGUCCCAGGGUACUAUCAUAUUCGCGCUUUUUAUUUUAAAGCCUAGCGUUCUAAAACUGCUAAUACCAGGGGGUCGAAACCUCCCAGGAAGUCACCAUAAUUCGAGAUCAAAAGCAGCUCGAGAUAAUUCAACGCAUACGGCUUGUGAAGGAUCGAUUGCGGAUCCAAACGGAGUGUAGCUUUAAUUGAAGGUCGUAGACGAAGAGUCGCUUGGAAUUCAGUAAGAUGUAAUGUCUUUGUAAUUGAUCACAUUAUUUUGAUUUUCUGUAGAGCCAAAGCUUCUAAAAAAAUGUUUGUGUCCAAGGCAAUACAUAAUUUCUUGAUACACCCUAUUCCUGCGACUCUUCAUUAUCAUGGGCUUGUCGUGGAGCUUGGAAAUAGUCUCGUUUUUGUUGAGCAAAAAGCAGGCUUGGGCCAAGGCUUUUAUGGUGGCUGACUACUUCAAUUGGUCCCAGGGCACCAUCAUAUUUGUGCUCUGUGUUCUGAGGCCCAGCACACUGAAGCUCCUGAAGGAACGACGUGCCAUCAAAGCGAGAUCAAAGCAACUUCUACCCGGAUAUGCACAGAUGUUAUAACCACGAAUACUCGGCAUGGAGGAUGAAAUCUCAGGGAAAUCCUUUUCGGAGCAGCACUUACACUCUCUCGCAGUAUUAAUUUUUAAAAUUGGUAUUGCUUGUACUGCCUCAAUUUCUAAAUAUUCAUUUAAAGAACUAAAAAUAAUUAUAUAAUGACUUGUUAUGACAAUGACUAACUAAAAAUGUAAAUUCCUGCAUUUUUUUUUAUAAAUUACGAUUAAUUCCUACCACAGAAAAGUGUUUCUAGUGACUUUAAAAUAUUACUUAUUUAGGAUGCUAAUAAUAAAAUUAAAGAUUGUGAAUCAAGAGAAAC